AUGCAUACCCUCGAGGACGGCGUCCUCGGCUUGCCGGCGCCGCAGCCGACCGCCACGCCAGCGCGGGCCCUCGCGGGCAGGCUCCGCGCGAGGCUCACCCUCGCGCUGGCCGCCGCGGGUGCCUCCGGGCUGCUGGCGCCUGCACUGGUCGCCAGCUGUCAUCAUGCGGGCAAGGUCAACAUGCGCGUGGACCGCGUGCACGUCCUUGCCCCGAAGAGCGCGGAUUUUGCCACGGUAUUCGUCGACGCGGCCCUGCAGCACCAGGACUGGACACCGCACCGCGUCGUGGUCCACAGCGCCAAGUGCGGUGCCCGCGUGCAUGCCGGCGACGUGUUCGUAGAUGUGCCCGAGAUCCAGUACCACAGCCAUGCGCAGAUAAGUUUCCCUGCGAAGGUGCAGGUGAUCGCGGCGGGCAGCACCGCCCCCGCGCCCGAGUGCCAUAUCGACUCGACGGUGGACCUGUUCGGCCUGGGGCUCUUCAAGGUCCAGCGGACCACCAUCAAGUCCUUCCCAGUUGCAGGAGUGACGCCCCGUAUGUGGAUCCAGCGCGAGGGGCCCAUGGUGCGGACUUGGCCGUCAUUAAAGGAUCCCAACAUUGCCGUGGAACAGGCAGGGCUUUUGACCAUGCACGUGGAGGCCGACCAUCUUCCGCAAAGCCUGCACGACGUCCUGGGGAGCGCGACGAUGAGCCUUGACGCCAGCAUCACUUACGAGGAGAUGGAGGAGCGCUCCGUCAGGUUGACCAAAACCGUGAACGCCAGCUUGAGUACCGAAAGCGACGGUAAUGGUGGUUACCUCAUCUCGGUGCCGGUCAGCAUGUCGGGCCAGGUGCGCCCCGCACCUUUCGCUGUCACCAUGGGGAAGAUGCUCGUGGGCCGCUCGCGUGCAUACAGCGGUGCGCCGCCACUGAACCACACCAGCAUUGACCGCUCGAUGCGGCUGGUUGCAGAAGACCCGUGGUCGCCCGCAGCGCGGAGCCUCGGAGAUUCGCAUGUGAUUGGUUGGCGCAGCCACGGGGGUUCUGUUGUCAACGAUCUUUGGUACCACGUUCGACGCCGUCUGGCCCGCAAACUCAGCCGCUCAUUGGUGAACGCGGCUGGGCAGGAGCCGGACUUGCCAUUGCUGCAUCAGGGCCGCAGGAUGGCACAUGAUGACUACGUCGUGAUACUGGAGGAGACGCUCUACUUCGAUGAUGAUGCAUUGACCAUCACGGCCGAGUUUGAGGCCACGGACGCAGGCUGGGAUUUUGAGACCAACAUUCAAUUUUCAGACACGAGCUUAGGAAGCUUGAAAGUAGGCGUGAAGGAAGGCGAGGGGUUCUACCUGCUGCUCGAUUCGCCAGAGGGGGGCUUAGGAAACUUGCAAGUAGACGUGAAGGAAGGCGAGGGGUUCUACCUGCUGCUCGAUGCGCCAGAGGGGAGCGGCGUUGAAAUCAAGAUCACAGACGAUGGUGAGAGUACCAGCUCCAUGUUGGCUCGCAUCUUCGACGAGGACGGCAUGGAUUAUGCUAGUCUCAAUUUCUACGACGAUGGGGCGUUGAUGAAUGCGUCAGCGUAUGUUACGAAUUCUGAGCUUGAUCGCUCGUCCCUGUUCGAGUUUUUUGCAACAGAAGAUUCCAGCAGCGACGACUAUCAAGAAGGUCACAUGUCUCUGACCACGUACACCGACAGCGGCAAGCCAACGCUGGAGGUAACAGGCACUACAACAAAAAGCGUCAACUCGUUUGGCCCUGACAUGGAAUACACUUCUCUCAUGCUGACAACUUAUGAUGACGAGACUGGCUAUGUCCUCGAGGAGAUGAACGCAACAGUUUCCAGAAGAACCACCGAUGAAUUCCCGGUACCUGUAGAUUACGAGUCCACUUUUAUUAUGAAUACAUUCGACCUCUACGGGAGUCCUGUGUCAGAGUGGGUCGCAACCUCCCAUGGCGGUAUCGAGGGUGCGGAGUUCCAGACGUACAUGAGCGCCACCGUCUCGAUGGAUGCGGGAACAUUGAUGAAUGUGUCAUUUUCGGGAAGCUUGAUGCCGUAUGACUUCUCCACCUUCUACGGCUCUCUCAUGUUCUCGACCACAGAUGUGGAGAGCGGCGAGACUCUGAUGGCGUUCGACGUAGGGGUGGCCAGCAGCGAGGCCAGUUUGGAGGGCGCCCUCACCAGCAAUUUCUCCAUGAUGGAUUACGGUGCCUUCAACUUCUUCGACGAUGGGGCGAUGCUUAGCGUGUCGGCAUACAUCCCGGACGUCGGAGACUUCUCUCUCUACAGCGAUCCCAAUUCCAGCAGUUCGCUCACGCUGAACACGUACGAUGAAGAUGGCGUCUCGCUGGAGUUGUCUUUCCAUGGUGCCGUCGACGGUGACGAGUACAAGACUGACUUCAGCCUCACCGCCACGCCGGACUUGGGGACGUUGGUGAACAUGUCCUCCUCGGGGGCCAUGAUGCUGACUGACAUGUCCCCCUUGUACGGUUCUUUCAUGCUCACGACUGCAGAUGCUGAAAGCGGUUAUCAGCUUCUGGACUUGUCCAGCCAGGGCGCAAUGGCCGAUGAUAUGACGUACGCAACAGUUGAGCUCGACACGUUCGACGAAGACACUGGCCUCAUGAGUAUGGCAUUUAGCAGCAUGGCAUCCAUGAGCGACAACGGCACGGGCGCCACCAUCUCACUCAAGACCUUCGACGGGGACAGUGGCGACAUAAUGUCGGAAUUCGACGCGUUCUUAAUGGACGGCGUCGACGAGUAUUCUAUCGGCGCCAACAUCUCGGCGGAGGACCAGACGCUGGUGGACCUGCACCUGUGGGGCGCCACGACAGGCAGCGAGACCGAGUCCACCUUCUAUCUCGACACCUUCGAGCUGGACAGCGGCGAGCCGGACCUGCAGGUCACCAUGUACAUCAUGGACCACGAGGGCGUGCCUGGUGGCUUCUGGGCCGAGGGGUCGGCCUUGCAGGGAGGGUCCACGGACCUCGUGCUGCGGGCGAACGGCACUCAUGCAGACGGCGCGUACAGCGUCACGUUCGUCGUCUUGGAUGGGGAUUCCGACCAGCAGUUCAAGCUCGACCCACUCGUCAUCACGUACACGGGCAACAUGUCGGUGUUUGUUGCUGCCUUCGACAACGCAAACGAUGAAAUUGGCACGGCCGAGGUAGCAUUCACGGAGGGCCCUGGCGAGAUGGAUUUGGACAUCGCAGGGAGUUUUCAGAUUGGCAGCUCGUACUUGCAGGAUGACUUGGACGAGUUCCCGUGUCUCCAGGGGAGUUGUUCUUUAGAGUUUUCGGUGAACGAUCAAAUCCUGGAAGCCGGAUUCCAAUCAUCCAUGCCAGACGCGUCACCGACGUACAGUGUGUCCUUGACGAUGAUCGCGAGCGAGGCGGAGCUGUCCUCCGAGGCUUCGGUAGACUUUGGCGUAUCCACAUGGCUUCGCGACGGCAUGUCUGGUUAUGAAUGCCAGAAGUUCACGGCUCGGCAUCCUGGUCACGGGAUCCGUGGAGAUUUGGGUUGGGCCGUGUCAUGGACAGUCGAAGACGAAGCAGAUUCCUUCGUGGAGAAUGUUACCAUCGAGUUUCAGUGGGAGAACGAGACGGUCUUCAGUUCUUUUGUUUCCUUGGCUGAGACGGCGCCCGCAGAUAUGACUACCAUGCUUGAGUCCACGGGCGGGAUCUUUAUCAUGGAGGAAUCGAUUGUAGAGUGGAGCGUGUCAGGGACGGAGAGUGACGAUAUGGUUUCGUUGAUGGGAGAGGUUUACACUGAUUCCGAGUUGUUCGCUCGAUGGGAUGUGGCAUUUCUUGAUUCUGACGAUGACGAUACGCAUCUGCAAGAAAUGUUCGGAGAAGUUUACGCCAAUAAUACAUUAGUGCAAUGGGAUGUGGGAAUGGAGAACACUGGUGACGAUAACUACACGACCUGGGGUGAGGUAAUCUACGAAGAUGAGAUGAUGGUGCAGUGGGACAUCUCUGAGACCAUCUAUGAGUCUGAGAGUUUUUCGAGUCAGGGAACGACGGGAGAUCUUGGUUUCUUGGGGAUGGAAUCUAUUGUGGCGUGGGAUGGAGCUUUGGUGCAGGCCACAAAGUGUACAGAUUGCAGUCAGACGAGUCUUUUUGCAAAUGUGUUUCGGGAUGGUGAUGUGCUUAUCGCGAUUGAGGCAUCGUACGGGUAUAACGAGACUACAACAAAUGUCGAGUUCGACGUAUCGAACGAAGAUGGCAUGAACCUGUAUAUGACGGGUAACAUGGCGGAGAACGACUCUACGGGCAUCUACGCAGCCGUGGCAAAUGUCGGAUACCAGCAAGACGACGAUUCGGAGCCUGUCAGUUUUGACAUCAAUCUCCACACUACCGAUGUUGAGCAAGAGAUGAUGCAGGAGCUUUCGGUCACUAACUCAGAGGGCAUCCCCGUCCUGGAGUACCGGGCAGCCUUGGACACCAUGAAUUGUUUGUUCAGCGACUUUAAGGCCGAGGACGAAGAAGAAACCGUGUUCUUUCUAUCUCUAAACGCAACCAGUGGAUCGGGCAGCUUCAGCUUGCAAGGGGACAUCGAUCUGCUCGGAAUGGAGGUGCCCAUCGACGUACCUGGCGUGAGCACGUCUGACUUCCUCGGGGGCGAAGGAGACGUCGGCGGCGCCGUCGUGAGCUGGGGGUUGUCGAAAGCAGACGGCCUCCUGUGCGAGCUUCUGCGCGGUAACUUCAGCCCGCUAGAGUACUUCUUCAACAUAUCCCUGGGUGAGGAUGGUGACAGCAUCGAGGCCUUCGUGGGCGGCAGUUACAGCCAGGACCUCGACAGCGACAACGACGCGUGGACCUUCUUCGGCGACCUGGUCGAUCAGGGCCUGCCGAUGGGGAGAGUGGAAGCAGGCGUGGAUGGGACGGCCGUUUACGCGACGGUUUGGAUGGACAGCACGUUCAUGGACGAGGAGAAGGACCACACCGACACUGGCGAGGUGCUCGGGCUGUACGCGCACGCCAACCUCAGCAUCUCCGAGCUCGAGGGCGACUCCAACAGCAGCCAGGCUUGGGAAAUCACCUACAUACAGACAGAGACUUUCAUAGCGAGCACCAACGUGACUUGGGAGAUCUGGGAGCCCGAGCUCGAUCUCUCGCCCAACUUCGCGAUCGAGUCAGUAUUCAAGGUGCGGGAUGAGGACACGGAUAAAUGGAGCACGAUCUAUAAUUAUAACAUGGUCGGCGGCACGCCAGACUACGCACUGCAAAAUUGGCCUGAUGAGGACGACGAUUCUACCCCAGAGUCCCCGACACCUACGCCGCCGCCCACGUACGAACCUACCCCAAUGCCCACGGUACUUCCGGUAUAUGCGAUGAUUCACGAGGGUGGGAUGUGUAAGCAAGGGACGUGGGUUGACGUGGACCACAAGGAUCACUGUGCUCUCAUGUGCGAAGCUCAUGACACCUGCGUCUAUUUUAGCUACUCUGACUCGGACGGGAAAUGCAAGCUGAAUGACGACUGCGACAUCAACGACCAUAUGAAUGAUUACAACGUCUACAUGAUUGGUGCGACCCCGUCGCCGACAGCUGCUCCCACACCUGCGCCGCCGCCCACGUACGAGCCCACCCCAAUGCCCACGCCACUUCCGGUUUAUGCGAUGAUUCACGAGGGCGGUUUGUGCAAGCAAGGGACGUGGGUUGAUGUGGACCACAAGGAUCAUUGUGCUCUCAUGUGCGAAGCUCAUGACACAUGCGUAUAUUUUAGCUACUCUGACUCGGACGGGAAAUGCAAGCUGAAUGACGACUGCGACAUCAACGACCACAUGAAUGAUUACAACGUCUACAUGAUUGGUGCGACCCCGUCGCCGACAGCUGCUCCCACACCUGCGCCGCCGCCCACGUACGAGCCCACCCCAAUGCCCACGCCACUUCCGGUUUAUGCGAUGAUUCACGAGGGCGGUUUGUGCAAGCAAGGGACGUGGGUUGAUGUGGACCACAAGGAUCAUUGUGCCUCAUGUGCGAAGCUGAUGACACAUGCGUCUACUUCAGCUACUCUGACUCGGACGGGAAAUGCAAGCUGA